AUGAAUAAUAGUGAGUGGUUGGAUACCAAUAAAAAAAAACAAUUUUCUGUUUGUGAUUUAGUGCUUAAUAGGACAUCAAAUAGUAAUCGAUCAAGUGAUAUAGAAAUAGAUAAAGAAGUUAAUACACUUAGCAUGGUUUAUUUAUUACCAAAACAAGCAGCCAAGUCAGGUAAUCAAAAGGGGUCAAUCAGUAGUAGACAUGAUCGUUCAAAAUCUGCUACUGGAAAAAGAGUGUCUAGAACUGACGAUAAAACAAUUAGCUGUUGUUGCUUGAGCAAAAAUAAAAUGAACCAUGUACAAAAUGGAGCAGUAUCUAGAAAAUAUGAAAAAAAUAUAGUAACAAUGGCGGCACAUAAUAUUCCAACUCCGGUGAAAUCGACAGGGCCUGUUGAAAUAAAACAUACAAUAUCGAAUAAAAUUGAAAUACAUGCACAGGAUCAGCCAGUUGUGGUGGAUUUGUUACCAACAGAUCAUAAUUGUCAUAAUACUGAAUCUUCCAUAGAUUUGCAAAAUGUGUUGGUGGAUUCAAAUAAACACAAAUCUUCACUUCCUUUACAUUCACGAUGUCUCGUUUUAUUUGAAUUUGUCAAUCGAGAAGAACAUUCAGUGGCUGUCGCUGAACUCCCACGUUCAUUUUUUCGACUUUCGCGUAUGCAUAUUUAUCAAAAAGUGUGCGAACGUUUAACAAUAGUGAAUCUCAUCGACAUGGAUUUAACAGCUCUAACAAGAGCUAUUGUACAAUCUUUUUCAUAA